AAGCUUCUGCAUUAUUUGUCACAGAGAGAGAGGGAGAGAGGGAGAGUCUCUGUCGUUUUGGGCAGUAAAAAUACCAAAUCCCUUUCUUCAAUCUUCCAUAUUUGUUGCAAAGUGUACAUGUCGUUUUGGUCAAUAAAAAACCAGACAAGGAGAAGGAAGAACACAGCGGAAGUUCGAUGUCGGCGGCGAGACGUCGAGGUUCAGAAGCCUUAUUUAUUCAGCGAUGCCAAAUGAAAAUAAUGGGUAUGAUUCUUCUAUCUCCAAUCACUUCAUCACUCUCGUCUACCAACCACUACAACUCCAUUUCUUCUUUUACCAGUAGCAGUAGCAGUAGAAGUAGAUAUAAACAUAAAAAUGAUGAUGCUUCUUCUUCUUUUAGAAAGUUUGAUGAUGCCCGUGCUUCUUUCAAUCACAUGGUUCAUAGGAAACCCCUGCCUUGUAUCAUCCAAUUCAACAAAUUAUUGUCUGCAAUUGUCAGAAUGAGACAGUACUACGAUGUUGUGAUUGCCCUUUACAAACAAAUAGAAUUAGCUGGGCUCUCUCCUAAUACUUGUACGCUUAAUAUCCUGAUCAAUUGCUUCUGCCUGAUGCAACAUGUUGAUCUGGGGUUCUCUGUCUUGGCCAAAGUCAUUAAACUUGGUCUCCAACCCACUAUUAUCACCUUUACCACCUUAAUCAAUGGGCUCUGUAAAGCGGGUGAAUUUGCCCAAGCCCUGGAAUUAUUUGAUGACAUGGUAGCAAGAGGGUGUCAACCUGAUGUCUACACUUAUACUACGAUUAUAAAUGGCUUAUGUAAGAAUGGGGAAACUGCGGCGGCUGCUGGAUUGAUUAAGAAAAUGGGAGAGGCGGGCUGUAAGCCGGAUGUGGUGACAUACAGUACACUCAUUGACAGUCUUUGCAAAGAUAGGCUGGUGAAUGAGGCUUUGGAUAUCUUCUCUUACAUGAAGGCUAAAGGCAUUUCCCCAACAGUUGUCAGUUACACCUCUUUAAUCCAGGGCUUAUGCAGUUUCAGCAGAUGGAAGGAGGCUUCGGCAAUGCUAAAUGAAAUGACGAGUUUGAAUAUCAUGCCAGAUAUUGUCACCUUCAGCCUAUUGAUUGAUGUAUUUUGUAAAGAAGGCAAUAUGUUAGAGGCUCAAGGUGUGUUAAAAACAAUGACUGAAAUGGGCGUGGAGCCUAACGUUAUUACUUACAAUUCAUUGAUGCAUGGAUAUUCCUUGCAGAUGGAAGUUGUUGAAGCUAGGAAGCUGUUUGAUGUCAUGAUAACCAGGGGUUGCAAACCAGAUGUUUUUAGUUAUAGCAUCUUAAUUAAUGGAUAUUGUAUGGUCAAAAGGAUAGAUGAGGCCAAGCAGCUUUUUAAUGAAAUGAUUCAUCAAGGCUUAAUUCCAAACACUGUUAGUUACACUACUCUUAUUCAUGCCUUUUGCCAAUCAGGCAAGCUUAGGGAAGCACGAGAGCUUUUCAAGAAUAUGCACACUAAUGGAAACCUCCCAGAUUUAUGUACUUACUCUGUAUUGCUCGAAGGCCUUUGCAAACAAGGGUAUCUUGGUAAGGCAUUCAGACUGUUUCGAGCAAUGCAAGGUACAUACUUGAAGCCUAAUCUGGUGAUGUAUACCAUUUUGAUUGAUUCCAUGUGCAAAUCCGGGAAUCUUAACCAUGCAAGGAAACUAUUUUCAGAACUCUUUGUCCAAGGGUUGCAGCCUGAUGUUCAGAUCUACACAACAAUAAUAAAUGGACUUUGUAAAGAACGAUUGUUAGAUGAAGCAUUGGAAGCUUUCCGAAAGAUGGAGGAGGAUGGCUGCCCUCCUAAUGAAUUUUCUUAUAAUGUUAUUAUCAGAGGAUUUCUCCAGCACAAGGAUGAAUCAAGGGCAGUGCAACUUAUUGGUGAAAUGAGAGACAAAGGUUUCAUUGCAGAUGAGGGAACCACAGCUUGGUAGAAGAUCUGUUAUCAAAUGAAGACAAUCCUGUUCUGAAGAAGUAUCUAGGAUUACAUGAAGUUCGUUAAGGUGAAAAGUAGCCAGCAAAAAGAUGUUAUGCAAUUCGCCUACAAGAUGUUUACCAAGCAAGUCUCGUUAUGUGCUGGAGGCUCCCUCUGACAUCUGGGAUGCAUAGUUUUUGCAAUGCUUAUAGGGAAGCAGUUCGGGAUUUCAAUCCUGAAACCACCACAGAAGAACUUCUGAGAAAGAUUGCUCAUGAAUUGAUGAAAAUUCCUCCUGAUGUUUCCAAGGAUGCAAGAGAUGUCUAGUGAGGAAGCCUAUGUUCAGAUUGUCUGCUGAGAAGUUAUUAGAUCAUCCUCUUGUGUCUGGAUUUGAUAGCAGAGAAUUGGCAGACUUUUCAGAUGCAGAAGGGGCGGCGGACUCCACUGACAACGAAUUCAGUGCCUCAUCUUGUUCUGAAGAAUGGAGUUUCACAUAAGAAGAGGUCUUUUAUUCCUCUUGUUGAUCAGAUGACGCAGAAGGGUUGAUGCAAAUUCUUAUGAUCAAGAUGGCAGUAUUCAAGACAAAGACAAGCAGAAAGGGGUGAUAGAAUUUGACAAAGAUCAAGCUAGUUCCAGUAAAGGGAACCACUCUUUGCAGGCCAAACUUCCAAUCUUACACUUUGGCAAUAAGGAAAAAUUGGCAUCCAAUAAAUGAAGACAAUCUUGUAUCUUCCAGUGGCAGUUUUAACUAUAAUGGUCAUUGUUCUUAUCCUUAGCAGUUAUCUAUCAAUAACUGUCCAUUAUAACUCUAUUUAUUGUCGAAUAUUGUUUCUGGUAGGAUACUUUGUAAUGGAAAUCUACUUGUUAUUUGGAGUGAUUUCAAUAUGCUUUUGUAAACUAGGUGUACUUGGAAAUCAUUGUCUAGAGAAUUGGUUUCUUUUCUUUUUUCUGAU